UAUUCUCAAAUCAGUUGUUGUAAAUAACUGAUGAUCAAGUCACACACGAUUUCACCGUUAUGGACAUUUAGCAUACUCUGAAUAGACUGCAUGAAAUGAAUACAAAAUAAACGCUAGAAUCACACGUCCUACUUUGCAUUGAACUGCUGACACACAAUUCUGCUGUUUCUUGCAGGUGGUAAUGCUUCUUGCAUUGACGUGGUUGGAUGGGAGGGAAACGAUGGGGAAACUUCACAUACCUUGAAGAGGUGGGUCUAUCCUUUGCUCUUAUUAAGACGACCGUGCAGAAUUGGAAAAUGGAAAAAUAUUGCCGUGAGAUGGUUGAAGGAGGUCGACUGAUUGUCUUGGAUACGAAACCAAAGUAUGAGGCAAUGCAGCAUUACAUGAACGAGGAUGCGGACGAGGGAACUCCCUUUUAUAUUGGAUUAAAACGGCGAGGAGCCAAGAAGAUACAUCACUGGUCCAACGGGAAGCCGAUAGACGACAACUUCUGGUGUUCGGGACCAGGAAAACCACACAACUCGCCAUGCACAGUGCUGAAACGACAUUCAGCACGAACUGGUUACUGUAUCGGUGUAAAACCUUGCAUUGGAGGACGUAUCAUUUGUGAAAAACCUUAACAUUGAACAAAACACGAUAUGUAUGUUCACAAAUA